AAAUGUCAUAGUUUAAACGUAAGACAACCAAACAUAUAUAUUUUCAUAAUAUAAAACUGUAAAAAUAAUUACAGUUUUAAUUAUGGAAGUGAAACAAGAAUUGGAAGAUAUUUUUAUUGAAGAGCAAAAAUUUAAUAUUGAAGAACAUAAUAUCAAACAGGAAAACGACGCAUACUAUUUACAACAAACAUGUGAUGAUGUUAAAAUUAAAAUUAAAGAGAUGAUUUAUGAUGAUGACCUAGAGUGUAAAUUGGAAACAGAUGGGAUGCUCUUGGAUGUUACAAACUAUGGUGAUAAUUUUAAUGCCAGCUCGAGUAUAGAGUCAGUCAAUGAUCAGUCGAGAUUAUUAUUUAAAAGGAGACUACAAAAGAAUCUAAAGUUAUUCACCUAUGAUCAAAUUAACUGUUUAAAGGAAGGAACUUUAUCUCGUCAGAUCUAUAUAAAGCUCGAAGGUAUUUUCAUUUGUAAGUUUUGUGGAAACUUAUAUGCUAAGAAAUUUGACAUCCUCCAUCAUAAUUUCAGACAUUUUGUUAAGAAAUCUCGUCGAAACGUAAUUAAGAAACAAAGACGGUUAAAAUGUAAUUUUAGUUUAAUGCCGUUUUCUAAAACUACUAGUUUAGUUCAACAUUUACGAAACAGAAGCAUUUAUCCUAAGUUUUUUUCUAUUUCAAUUGGAGAUAUUAGUAAUGACAAUGUCCAAAAACACACUGUUGAAAAACCACUGAAUUCUGAUAUUUCUCCAAAAUCUCUUACUGCGUCUACAAGUUUAGUUGAAAACAUUAAUAAAAAACCAUUCAAAUGUGAUGUUUGCUUAAAAACUUUCUCACAGAAAUUUCCCUUAAAUAGACAUAUGUUGAGUCACACUGAAGAAAAACCAUUUAAAUGUGAUGUUUGUUUCAAAACUUUUUCAGAAAAACAUAAAUUGAAAACACAUUUUCUAAGUCACACUAAAGAAAAGCCAUUUAAAUGUGAUAUUUGUUUAAAAACAUUCUCGCAGAAAUUUUCUUUAAAUAGACAUUUGUUAAGUCACACUGGAGAAAAACCAUUCAAAUGUGACAUUUGUUUGAAAACAUUUUCAGAAAAACAUAAAUUAAAAAUACAUUUUCUAAGUCACACUAAAGAAAAGCCAUUUAAAUGCGAUGUUUGUUUAAAAACUUUCUCGCAGAAAUUUUCUUUAAACAGACAUUUGUUAAGUCACACCGAAGAAAAGCCAUUCAAAUGUGAAGUUUGUUUCAAAACUUUUUCAGAAAAACAUAAAUUGAAAAUACAUUUUCUAAGUCACACUAAAGAAAAACCAUUCAAAUGCGAUGUUUGUUCCAAAACUUUCCCACAGAAAUUUUCUUUAAACAGACAUCUGUUAAGUCACACCGAAGAAAAGCCAUUCAAAUGUGACAUUUGUUCAAAAACUUUCUCAGAAAAACAUAAAUUGAAAAUACAUUUUCCAAGUCACACUAGAGAAAAGCCAUUCAAAUGUGAUGUUUGAUGUUUGCAUCUAAAUUUCAGUUGAGGGACAAAGAUAUCCCAGUUUGUGGAGAGCUUACAAACAUUGUUCCUAAAGUUAACAUGAUGCAGUAUUCUGUUUCAUGAAUUUGUUAGAUUCGUUUGUGAUAACCGAGAGAUUAAAUUCUAGAAAACAAGCCAAGAUCUUGGCAAACAUAUGUUUCCAACAGAACUGACAACAACUUAUCAACAAACCAACCAAAAUUCCCAAUCAAGUGACUUUGCUAGCUUCUUAGACCUAUUUCUAACAAUAGACCCUGAUCUGCACAAUGCGACUGUAUAUACACCAAUUGGAACAUCAAAUCACUAGUAAAUUACAGCAACGUGUACUGAAAAUCCAAACUUAGGAUCCACCUAGACUAUGUAAAGUUUGUCAUUAUAGGUUAAAUAGAAGCAUCUAAAGGAUUUCCUUGGAAUGUUUGCUUUAAUUCCAAUGGCCCCUUACUGUGAGCAAACGAGAUUUUAAGAGUAAUUACUCAUUCGAGAGUCAAUCAAAAGCGAAAUUGCUGCUUAUCAUAAAGGAAGCACAAAUUCUAGUAUCCAGAAAUACAUACAAGCAGACCAUAGAUGCAUACAAUGAGAGAGUGAAAAGCAAACUUCUCAAUCUCCUAAAUGGAUCAAGAAAGUCAAAAUAAAUUUAUAGAAUCCAAUUUUGACCAAGAACGUCCAAUUUUUGAUUAUAUUAAACCCAUAAAACACCAUUUUGGACCAAUUGAACUUAGAAAAACCAAUUUUUGACCUAAUUAACUUUAAAACUUUUUCCAUAUUGUUUGAAGCACCAUAUCCACAACAUUCUAUACACAGUUUCCAAUAUAUUAUUUUCUUUUAGAAUUCAAUUAUUUGCUGUAAAUUAAGUUUAUAUUUUGUAAUAAUAAAUGAUAAAAUGAAUUAAUAAAUUGCUUUUAAUUGGUGCACGUAACCUACCUUCAACAAUUUGUCUAGUUAACAUAGCAAAUAAGAAGUCUUAUCUAUUAUUUUCAUUCAUUCCGCCAGGUAUCUUAAUUCAAAUUAAUUAAUCAAAGUACUUCAGUUAUUUUAUUUAUGUCGCAACGGAUCCCCCCCUGAAUUGGAACUUCAGGUCGAUUUUACAUUAUACACUAUUCAACACGACAUACUUGAUAAUAAUUGCAAUGUGGCUACUAUAUGAGAUUUAUUUCAAAUGCCACUAUUCUAGAAAUAUUUUAUAAAUACGUAUUUCAAUUUAAAAUUAGUCUUAUUUAGUACCUACCUUCUAAUUAUUUUGCAGAAUCUAUUUCGUGAAUAAACAAUUUUAAAUAGACAUGAAGUUAGCAAUGUAAAAUCUCGAUAUUCUUAAAUUAAAUUCGCUACUAUACAUCGAUUAUUUUCUGAUAU